ACAGCGGUAGAGUCAGACUCCGUAGUUCAUUCGGCAGUGACCACGCGCUCGGUGAAGGUGUGCCUCCUUUCAAACAGUGACGGCUGCCGGUGUUUGCAAAAACAAAGCUUCAAACAAUGCCUUCACCUUACAGGAAGGUUGUGUUUUGCAUCUCUAUAACCUUGUGCGUUUUGGCGGUUCAGUGCAGUGUUGUGGAUGCAGACUGGAAUUCCGCCAAUGUAAAGCGGAAGCUUCCCAAGCUUUUCGAGUACGAUGAUUUCGAUGAGUGUCGAGCGGCGAACCCGAAUUUUCAGUAUUGUGUCGUGCAAGCCGUCAUCCAGCCGGACGACAGCUCGGACAUUUGGCGGAACAUUAGUAUAAUUUCGUCCGACAGCCGAAACUUCCCGCGCGAUCACCUCGAACGUGGUAUUUGCCUUCACGAGUGCCUGCUGCCGGCCGGAGAAGACCUCCUACUCGGGCCGAACAUCUCACGGGAUGAUCAACGGCUCGCUCACCAGUUGGAUCGGUGUGUCAACAAGGCGCUACGCCGGUCGCACGAUCUGUACGCCUCGACGUCUAUUUUGCACUGCCUGUCGGAAGAAGACUUUGGAAGGCCUUUGAGUACAGGCGAACUGGCUUUCCUAGCGUUAGUCACAGUUCUCGUGCUUGUGAUUGGAAGAGCCACUCUUUGGGAAGUGCCUGAAACUGGAACCGUGUAUCACUCACUGAUAGCGCCGUUCUGCCUGUCACGUAACGUUAACCAACUGUUGACCGUCGUCACCACGCCGAAUGACUCCGCCACCACCGGUGGCAGCCUCGAAUGUCUGGAAGGUCUGCGAGCGAUCUUCAUGUUGAUCAUUCUGGUGGUUCACUCGUCACUCCCGAUCAUCCGAAUGCCGCUGAAAAACCCCGACGAGAUGGAGCUGCAAACGAACAGCUUCAUCUUUCCAUUCGCCAACUCCGGCAACACGCACAUGAUCACGUUUUUCUUCGCCAUCGGAGGCAUGGUCCAGGUGGUGAGCUUUCUCAGCAGCAUGCAGAGGUCACCCGAGCAAGCAGGCGUUGGAUUUUUCCGCCGGAAAGUUCUGCACCGAUUGGCGCGCUUGCUGCCCGCCUACUUGUUCAUGAUCUUCUACCAGGCGACGCUUUUUCCGCGCACCAAGCCGACGCCGAUCGCGCACAAGUUCACCGACUACUGCGAUCGGCACUGGUGGUCGAACGUGGCGUUCAUCAACAACUUUGUGCACCUCGAUGAACCGUGCCUCAAGUUUGGAUGGUAUUUGGGAGCGGAUUUUCAGCUGUUCCUUAUCGGUUUGGCGAUCAUGAUGUUCAUGUGGAGGUUUCCGCGUGCGAAAAGCAUUUGCGUUGGAUUGAUGGUUUCGGUGGCACUUGUAGUGCCAGCCUAUGUCAUAUACACAGAGAAGCUUGAUGCUACUAUGGGAUUUCAUAUGAGACACGCCCUCACCGAACUUCGAACUUACAACGAAUUCCUCAAGUACUACACCCUCACCUCAGUAAAUGCUGGAACGUACUUCUUCGGAAUGAUCGCCGGACUGCUGUACCAUCACAUCUCCAAGCACAAUCUACAACAGUCAGCGCGGCACUACACACCCAAGCUGUUCCGCCUAGUUCUGGUGGCAUUUCUCUCCCUCAACGGGUUCCUAACCCUUUUGCCAUCCCUCCCCCUGACGAAACCCUCCCUAUUUCUUGCCAUCUUCGGAAGUGCCCUACGAGCGAUCUGGGGAAUCACUCACGCAACACUGUUUCUGCUGUUUGUCUUCAAAGCCAAAUCGAUUGCGGUGGCCUUUUUGGAACACCCGAUCCUUCGCGUACUGGCACGGCUAAGCUACAGCGUCUACGUCGUUCAGUACAGUGUCAUCUACAUGAUCUACAGCAAUCUCAGUGUUCCGUUCGCGUACGGUGCAUUCAAUUCGGCUUUCGUGACGUCCGCGAUCAUGUUUAUCACCUUCAUCAGUGGGUUGCUGCUGCACGUGGCGGUUGAACUACCCUGUGGUUCCAUUCUGAAGCAGAUCAUCGAUGGAAAGCUGAGCUUUUCGAUGCCAAACAGUUUAAGGCUUAAGCGGUCUUGAUUGUGAACUUAGUGCAAUUGUUGUGAUGAGCAGUAGGGCUCAUAUUUGUUCAUUUCCACCUGA